UAUAAAGAGCAACACGUAGCACAAACUUACGGUCAGUCUGUGUUAAGUCGUGUUUGGACUAGUAAAUCAAAAUGAUGCUUAAACUUCUUGCUGCUUUUGUGAUCUUCGGAUUGGCGUCCGCACGUGUCAACGUGCGCUACGAUCGGGCGCGCCUUCGCGAAGCCUUGGAGCAGAUGUGCCAGAAAGCCGGAGCGGAGGACCGCGUGGAUGAAGCGGAGCGUGGAAUUUUGACGUUUGCGGACUGCUUUAACGGCUUAGUAGACAUGGAAAGUAUGGGGCCAACCCUAGAAAAACAGGGUAUGGAUAUGUUUGGUGCAAUUCUGACUUUUGUAAAAAAUACAUGCAAAAAGCAGUCGGAAAUCCUCUCGUGCGUCAACACUGGGAUAGACGCUGUUUCGCUUUGCAGCGAUUCAAAGAUACAAGCAAAAAUUAAUGAGACCAAGCAGGGAUUCGUAGAAGCCACCGACCUGUUCUGCAAAGACGACUCCAAGGCUUUUAGCGAGUUCAUCAAUGACGGGGCCCUUCAAUGCAUGUUGGAUCAACGCCUACAGCUCACGAAUAGAUGUAUGAGGCAAAUCCAGACACUUUCUAACUACAAGACUUUAACCACCGAACAAGCGUGUGUCAGCGUUAACGGGCUCACGAGCUGCUUCAUGGACGUCCUGGAGUCCUGUCCAAAAGCCUCCACCCCGGCCUUCGUCCGUUCGCUGUUUAGAGCUGUCUACAAGGGCUCGUACUGCGAGUUCCCUGAGGAGGACAAAAAAAUUCAAGACAAUACGAUUUAAUCGCGGUCAAUCAAUCCUGAUCCAGUGCUGCCAAAGAUUCUUAAAAUACCUAAAUAAAUAUUAGUAGAUCAUAGCGUUUGAUUUUCAUAUUUCAUAUCAUUUCCUGACCGAAACGCGUCUUCAAGGCUGUGAUCUGUGGUUCAAUUCGUUAGCGGGUCAAUUGCAAGGUCAAUUUAUUGUGAUGACAAUGAUUCAAAACUCAUUUAUAUUUCUAAAUUGCUAAACCUUACUUUGUUAAGACAAUAAAAAUUUGACUCAUA